AUGCCAGGAGAGACAAGGACACCCAGAAUCGUAGUCGCCUCGACAGUGGGACUGGCAUUGCCGAGGAGCCUGAGGCAUCUUAAGAACUUGAAAGGAAGUAUUGCUCUAAAGAGCUUUUAUUUCAUCCGUAAAUCGUUUACAUGGAAGAUCCACAUUAAUCUGAGCCCAAGACGCCGGAUACAGCGGCGGCUGUUAACCGGCUUGCUGGAGGUUUCAAGAGUUGGGGCGGUGCCUUCGAAAAGAGUGUUGCAGAAGCUAGUGGCUCCGCGGACUGGGGUUGGACUCACAGUUGCGGACCCAAAACCCUUCCUUGGUCCAGCUGACCGGGAUGCUAGCGAAGAGGCCUUCCACAGCGGCUGCCCCUUUUCUCCGGGUUACGUUGGCAAUUACAGCAGAGCCUUAGUCACUUCGGGUAACCUCGCCGCUGCGGGUGGCCUAGCCCUUUUCAGUCGGGUGUCUGUCCGCCAAGGUUCGGAAAUUUCCACAUUCUUCUUCGUCCUCGAUCCACAGGUGGGACCCUCAUUGACGCCCGACCUGGACACAGCUUGCGAGCAAAGAUCCCAGGCACAAUGUUCUGCACAACUGUUGCUUAGCACUGCCCCAAAGGCGGGGCUGCCAGUGAAAAAUGAAGAUUCCAUCCGACAGGACCUGAGAAAAAGUGUCAGGAGCAGCAGCCAUGUUCACCCGGUUCACCACAUUUCCUCCCCAAGAACGGACCCUUUGCUGAGCUACCACCAAUUGACACCGUUUUGCCUUUUAACGGGUUCUAUGAUAUUUUUAAUUGUUUUCUCCGGAGCCUUGAGAUAGCACCAUCAACAAUGAACUGACGAACUUCCAAGAGUGCGGGGGGGGGGGGGGGGGAGGUUAAAGAAAAGCAGGGACUGUCCUGGGCUCUAGCGGAAGGGGAGUCAGGGCUCUAAGAUGGGCAUUCUCCGAAGUGCGAGGCGUUGCUUGCUCCACCUUCUCUGGGGUGGCCUGCAAGUGGGGAGGAAAAACCCAGGAAAUGUGUGCAUCAAGUUUGCUUACAAAGAGAGAAGCUGUAUUCUUCUUGACCCUUUAUCAGAUUGUUCCUGGUGGAAGGUAGACUGAGUUGAGUUGGCCACUCAUUCCUUGUUAGCUUGGUCAGUUUGCAGGAUCUCCCUUUUAAAUCUAUCUUACCUCUAAAUAUUCUGAAAGUCUGCUUUGCCCUAAUAAACGCGAGAAAGAGGAAAGAAACAAACAACCUUUGAUGGGUCUUUCAAAUAUUCACAGCGGCAAGCGCUCCUAUGACUGAUGAAGAACUAUGCAGAGAAUUCUCAGUUAUAAACGUAGCUAUGUCAUGGAGCUUUGUCUGUCUGUUUAUAAAUAUGCGUUUUAGGAGCCCCAAAUUCCCUGAAAAACAUUCGGUGUCUUUUAAAUCAAAGACAUAUGAUACAAGCUCUCCAGCACUUGUAUACCAAUAGACUAGGUCCGAUUUAGGGGGAAACUUCUGUGUAGUCCGGGUCAACUGCAGCUUCGGAAGCCUUUUCCACCCCAUUACCCAAACCCACUUUUGACCGAAGUGGUUUCAGGGGUGGGGUCCAAGGUGUCACCCACCCACUUCAGAUCCCGGAAACCUCCUGAAAAUUCAAAUCUAUUACACGGAACCCCCUUGCGUUUUGUGACAUGUAACCACAUGAGCCCAUAACAGAGGCAACAGUUAAUGGCAAACUCCCAUAACGAAUGCAUAAUCUGCAGGUUUUGGCAAGAAGCUGGGUCUUUGGUUGCCAAGAGUUGCAUUAAAUAAAUUUUGAGGGGUUGAGAUAGAGUUUAUAGCAAUGACACAGCCCUAGCCAGUUGAGCAUUAAUAUUAAAUUUAGGAUACUAAUUAAGGCAAUAAUAAUUGAAUGGUUUCUGGAAAUCACAAAGAAGUGGAAUCGACUGGGAGGUCACUGCACCUGGGCUGCGCUGGCCUGAUGUUUUGGGACAUAACACCAAAUAUAGACUGAAAUACUUGGAUAAGUGCUCUCCUAUAUAUGUAGAACCAGCAUGCCACCCACUCAGUUUUUAAAAUUAGCUGCUACUUCUAGUUUUUGCACCAUCCUAACCCUUCCUGAUUUUUAACCACCUAAAGUAAGCGGUCAACUGGGAAGGGGGAAGAACCAGUUAAGUAUGAAGUAAGGUGGCUUUUUUUUUCCCUCUCAGCCCCAGCCUGUUAUUUCAAGCUUCCCACUUCACUUAACAGUUCUGCACAUACUUUGCACUUCACAAACCUUGUGAUCUAAAGUCAGGAUUCUCUUCCUUCUUUUUACUUAACCCAAUCUGUCAAAACUUUUUCUUAUCUGCUUUUUUUUUUCACGUUUGAAUUUUGAGGGUAGUGUAUCCACAGAGAUUAAGGGACAUUUCUUUUUUUUUAAGCCUGAAAGCAUGCCGGACAUCUCAGGAUUCCAGCCCUCUGGGAUCCCUGGGAGUUUCAUAGCCUUUGCAGGAGUCUCAGCACCUGCAGAGGACUUCAGGGUGGAGGACCAAGAGAUCUGGAGAGGGGUAGGAGGAGUCUUUGGGCUAAGGCCUUGGCUGUUUGCUCCUCUGGUGAUUAAGAUCUGUCUGGUCGGCUAAAGCAUUCCUCUGCUUACAAACACGGAGAGGGAAUUUCGUGGAGAAGAUUGCUCCCUUCGCAUGUCACACCUAAUAUUGUUCCUGCAGCUGGCAGUCUCCCAUACAGACAUGUGAUUUGGGUGUUUUUGAAGUUUUGCUUGCUUUCCCUUUAAGGAAUGAAUAUCAAAAUAAAAUCAAGAGCUAAAGCUA